AGUCAAUUUAAUUUAGUUGUUUCAUAAUGCAAACUGUUACGCUGACCUGGAAGUGCUACAGUGUUGCCAACCUGUUGCGAGAAGAGACGCUGCCUGGUUGUCUGGGAAAAAAGAUUAAGCAGGAAGCGCUUCCCAGAAACCCAUCACAGUGCUGUGGAACUGUAAGAUUAUGAAUGCUGCUGAUAAAAAUCUUGAAGUACAGCGUGCCCUUCACAGGGCUAAGCUAAAAAACAACUAGAUUAAAAGGUGAACCUGGGGAGAAGGACGAUUCCUUCAAAAAGCUCAGAACUGCUGCAUUGAAGCAAAAUAAAGAACAAGAACUACUAGUUGAUAUGUACAAAGUUUCCAAAAGUUGGAGGCGAUCUCUAAACCACUGCCAGAGCAAACAAAAUCCAGAGCAGAAAUGGAGAAUUUGCUCAAAGAGAGGAAGCAUUUUCACAACUUUGUUGAAAAAGAAGAUAGAGUUGGGUUGGAAGACUUGGAAAGUGCAGCGGGCAAAGGCAAAAUGUCUCAGGACAGAAGAAUAGAAAUAAUAGAAAAACCCCACAGUGGGACUGGUACUGACAAACAUGGAGGUGCAGAUCAGAGCCACAUAAUUCAGGAACAGGCCAGUAAAGAGGGUUCAGAACCUCAGACUUCUCACUCCAGUGAAAUCAAGAACAAGAACAAAACUGCCAGUAGCAUUGCUAGACCAUGCAGGACUGUCUCUUCUCAUGAGCUCAGAAUACUUCAUACUGGCCCUCAAACCCAGAAGGAAGCUGCUGCUGCUGUUGAUGCACAUGAAAAUCAAGGUAACACCCUGACUAGUUGCUCCUUAUCCCCUGUAAAAGAAACUGCUAUCCUAGAUAAGGACAAGAAUAUAGCUUUCCUGUUGAAAGAGUUGGACUCCAUGAGAGAUAUCAAUAAGAAGCUCCAGGAUAGACUCUCAGGGAAAGAAAGAGAGCUGGAGACCAGAAAACUUGAUGUCGAGCUGCAGGACAAGGGGAAGGAGGCUCAUGCAGCUCAACAGGCUGCAGCUCUAGUUGAAGAAAUAUACCAUGCCCAGAGGGAACGAGACCAGGCAGUAAUGGCUAGACUGAGGCUGGCCAACGAGGAAAGAGAUGAAGCCCUUUUACGAGCCAAGCGGCUGGAACAGGCAAUAGUGGAGCUGGAGAAUAUUAACCCUGAAGAAAAUGACACGUCAUUACAGGAAUUACUAAACAGAGUAAACAAUGCAGACUCCGGGUUGCUGAUCGAGAAGAGUGGAGCUGUGAUAGUGGACCGAAUACGCAAGACUAGAGAGAGGAGAAAGAAGAUUACAGCUGAGGAGAUGAAUGCAGUGAUUGAGGAGAGGGAUGCCGCCAUAUCCAAAUGCAAACGCUUAGAGCAGGAGGUUCAUCAUCUGAAAGAGCAGAGCCAGACUUCGGCAAACAACAUGAGACAUCUGACUGCCGAAAACAAUCAGGAACGUGCUCUGAAGGCUCAGUUACUGUCCAUCCAACAGGAGAGGGACAGCGCCCUGCAACAAUCCAAAAAAUUAGAAGAUGAAAUCCAGACUCUUCGUGUUUAUUACAGUUUACACAAGUCUUUGUCUCAAGAGGCCAACUUGAAGGAGCAGUUUCAAUGCACUCUGAGCACCUAUGAAGACGCUCUCCACUCCAAAGAGGGUAUUGUGUCACUUGCCAACCUCCACAAUGACCAGCUCAUCACCCAGCUGCAGCUUGCCCUCUCGGAGCGUGCAAACAUGGAGGCCCAGCUCCAACAGUCCUUGGAGGCCCAAAAAGAGGCUCAUGAAAAAGUUCAAAAGUUGGAGCGGCUGGUGGAUGUACUGAGGAAAAAGGUUGGAGCGGGGACUGUCAGGACGGUGAUCUGAUUGAAAGGUCGAGUCUAGGGAUGUGGUCACAUCUGGUGACCAGGCUGCUCCGUUUACCACUGUGUAAACACUGAAGCCUUAACUCAGCAAACAGUUGUUAGAAGUGGUGCACUCAGACGACAUUCCAAGCAGAGAUCAAACUGAAUCAUAAAUGUUUAACCACUCUGCUGCUGAGUUGUGUUAUUUAAGCAAAUUUAUUUCCUUAAACAUUCAUUAUUUGCAUUGUAUUUCUUUAUUUAGCUCUGCCUAUUAUGAGGAACAUGGUCUCCUUAUUAUUUGUGGCCAGCUUUUAUGGAAACUUUUCCAUGUGCAGUUAUGAGCUGUAUAUCACAAA